AUGUUUCCAACACGUCCUCCUAAAAUUGAGGAUAUAGAAGGCGGUAAUGCAUCGUGGGAGGAUGUAGAUAAGCAGGUUUCGUAUGAUAAGCACCAGCUGAAAUGGGUAUUUGAAGCCGAGGAUGGAGAGUACUACUAUGAUUACCAGCAAGAUAAAUGGGUUCCCAGUAACGAGCGCAAACGGAAGCACAAAGAUAAUGAAUCUGAUAAUGAGUCUGUUGCAGAGAAGGAGAAUCGUGAGAUCAUCAAACGGAUCAAGAAGGAACGACUAGCAGAGAUGAGGGAAGAGAUCAAGCGUCUUAAAGCAGCUGCAGGAGGGACAGGUGGAGGUUAUGGUGGUGGUAGUUCUGGUUCUGAUGUUGAAGCCAGUUCUUCCUUAGCGGUCUAUGUGACUCAGCUACCUGUGGAUGUGACUGUUGAUGAGCUUACUGAAACGUUUGAGAAGUAUGGAGUGAUUAGAGAAGACAUAAAAGGUGAAAAGCGAGUUAAAUUGUACUAUGACGAAGAAGGAAGGUUCAAGCGAGAAGCCUUGAUUAUCUAUGUGAAUGGAGCGAGUGCUCAAAUGGCUAUAGACAUGCUUAAUGGGGUAUACUUGCGUGGACCAGUGCGAGAUAAGGAACCAAUUAACGUACAGUUUGCACGUCUGAAGAAGGAAGAUAAAGCCAAAGUGCAAUUAUCGGAGGAGGAUAAGCGGAAGCUCCAAAUCCGGAAGCAAGAGUUAAAGAGGAAGCUUACAGAUUGGGACGAUGAAGACAAUUCCAGAAUAGAAGAUACAAAGAAGAAGAUAUUGGCCAAACAAAUAGUUAUCAGCAACAUGUUCCGGAAGCAAGAGCUUAAGAAAGACUCGUUGUUGGAGCAAGACAUCAAGGAAGACAUUCUUGAAGAGUGUCAAGCCAUGGGAAUCUCAUUGGACUUGAAUAAGAUCACUGUGUAUGACGAGAGUGGAGUUGUGGUGGUUAAAUUUCACGACACUCAACUGGCUAGCCAGUGUUUAACACGAUUCAACGGUAGAUACUACGAUGGGUUAGAGUUAGCAGUGAGUACCAGCACUGGGGAACGGUACAACCGUAGUGAGGAUGCUCAGAGUGAAGAAGGAAGGUUGGAGUCGUUUGGGAAGUGGAUAGAAACUACGGAAUAA